CUCCCUCUCCCUCUCACCACCACUCCACCCCCCCCUCCUCAUCUCCGUGCAAGGCCAUUACCUGCCUGUCCUUUCGACGCCAGUCAUUCUCUUUCGAGCCUUCGCACGACGAUCAUGGAGAAAAAAUUGAGCCCAAGCCCCAGCCCCAGCCCCACUCCCCCUGCCUACCCUGAUGUCGACCACGAAAAGGCCCAGAAGCGCGCUGCGGUCGAUAUCGACGUCGACGCUUUUGACCAGGCCGCAGGAAGCGGUAACGCUGACGAGCACAUCAACUACCGCAGCAUGGGGUGGAUCAAGGCUGGUGCGCUUAUCAUGGCUGAGACGAUUGCACUUGGGAUUUUAAGCUUCCCGUCCAUUUUCCAUAGACUCGGGAUGUUUGGAGGGGUCUUCACCACCGUCGCCUUCGCUCUCCUAUCAUGGCAGACCGGCUAUGUCCUUGUCAAAUUUAAAAUGAAUCAUCCUGGCGUCAUGAACUUCGCGGAUGCAGGCCAGGUAGUUGCGGGCCGGUGGGGCUUUUGGGUGUUCGGUACGAUGCUCACAGUCAAGUCAGUGUUCAUUGCCGGCUCACACGCGCUAUCUGGUUCUAUUGCAUUGAACAACAUCUCGAGCCACGCGAUCUGCAACAUUGCGUGGGCAGUCAUCAUUGCGUUCAUCUCCUUCCUCCUGACCGUGCCUCGCACGUUCGAGAAAGUGUCCUACAUCUCAUUCGUGUCGGUCACCGCAAUACUCACAGCGUGUCUCAUCACCAUCAUCGCGAGCGGUGUACAGCAGGAUGACGACCUGCCUAAGUUUCCAUCCAAGGGUCCCGUCGAAUGGCAUGCAUUCGAGAACCAUGGACUGACGGACACGAUCAACGCAUUGACGAACAUCAUUUUUGCUUACGGCGGACACGUUGCUAUCUUCUCAUUUGCGUCCGAAAUGCGGAACCCUGCCGAUUUCAAAUACUCGCUCGCGCUCGUGCAGACCGUCGCGACCGUAUUUUACAUCAUCGUUGGUGCCACUAUCUAUAAGUUUGGAGGGCAGUACGUCACAUCGCCCGCGCUGACAAUGACGUCGAAGCCGGUGCGCAUCACCGCGUACUCCAUCGCGCUCAUCUCUAUCAUCAUCUCGGGCGUCGUCGCAUCGUACAUCGCCGCUAAAUUCAUCUUCCUGACGCUGUUCCGGGGCACCCCGCGUUUGACGUCGCGCUCGCUGCGAACGUGGGGCGUGUGGAUCCUGAUAUGCGCAUGUAUCUGGUCAGCCGGGUUUAUCAUCGCCGAGCUCAUUCCGUUCUUCUCGGAUCUGCUCUCGAUCAUCUCGUCGAUCUUGACCGUAUGGUUCACGUACGGCUUGUCGGGCGUGCUGUGGCUGUACGACCACGGUCCGCGCGAGGGUAAAGGUUACUCAGGGUACUUCAAGAACAAGAAGACGAUCGCAAACUUCAUAGUCAGCGUGUUUGUGAUUGUUAUGUCUGCAGCGAUCAUGGUGCUGGGGAUGUACUCCGCAAUCAAGAGUAUCUCGGAUAAUUAUGCUAGUGGCGCAUACAGUCACCCCUUCUCGUGUGGCACCCUUUAAGCAGGGCGAUAACACUCAACGAAGGACGACCCUCGGCGACCCUCUUGGCUUACGCGCACAGUACAUAUGGUAUCCAGAAGGAGAUAGAGGGUGUGUACGAUCUUACGAAUUGCUCGGUAUAUAUGUGUGCAAGACGGGCGACGAUCUACCGAAGACGUGCCCAUGUUGUGGGUGUGUUGGGGUCCGGGUUUCUUGGCCUGUACGAGAAAAGAGAUGGGCAGGCAAACAUGGUGGAUAUAAUUAGGGCGUAUGUAGGCGCACUCUUCAUGGUUAGGUUUCAAGAUGCACAACAGUCGAGAGAAGGAGGGGGCAUGCUCCUUUGCAGCCUCAUCGCAGACACAGCUGAACGGCUGAUGCCGACAACGUGACUGGCUGUGCCGUUUCACUGCCGUCAUGACGUGUGGCAAUUCAAUUUAUUGUCCUCGAAGACAGCUUUCCAAACGCCC